CGCGGUCGUGCUCGCGCGGAUAGAGGCGGUCCUGCGCUGGUUGAUUGAUCCCUUGGCUCAACCCGCAACGGCCAUGGUCUGCUGCAUUAGGCGAGCGAAACCGCUGCUCUUGUCCUGAGGAGAUGAAUAGUUCAGCUUUCUAAGGCAGUCUCAGAGCCAAGUGGAAGGAGGGCAGACAUUGUCCGUAGAUCGCCUUCAACCCUUUGCUUUGCUUCAGAUGAACAGCCAAGUUGGGUCCAACAACCAGAAGAACUUGGAUGUGGUCUACCAGGAUCUCACUACGAUUCUUGGUCUUGGCAGGUUUGACUCCGGGAACCUCGCUCCUGGCUUGCCCCUCAAAUGUGACAUGGAUCCCAUAAAUUUGGUCCGUAUCAGGAACUUGUCCUUCGAGAAUGGACUUAAGCCGGCUGAGAGUUCGGGUGAUAGUCUGCAAGACAUGUCUUCUACCGGCGAGAGCCCGCACGCGGGGAAAGUCAAAUUCAUGUGCAGCUUUGGCGGGAAGAUCCUGCCGAGGCCUAGUGAUGGGGUGCUCAGAUACGUAGGUGGGGAGACACGGCUCGUGUCGAUAUCCAGAAACUUCUCGUGGAAGGAACUUGUGCAUAAAACCCUCUCGAUCUACAGCCAGCCUCAUAUCAUCAAGUACCAGCUUCCUGAUGAGGACCUUGAUGCUCUGAUUUCCCUCUCGUGUGACGAGGAUCUUCAGAAUAUGAUGGAGGAGUACUACAGCCUUGAGAAGGCCAAUGGCUCGACGAGGCUUCGCAUAUUUCUUGUCUCCCUGACUGAGUGUGAGGAUUCAUCGUUGAGUGCAAGAAGCCUAGAGAGUGAACCGGAAUAUAAUUUUGUCGUGGCUGUGAACAAUCUGAAACAGAGCACCAGUGGCAACAAUUUGGUUGGCCAGGUGAGCCAACAGUUGGAUGAUUCCCUACUCCCUUGCCGAGACUCAACUGUCUGUCAGACGGAUAGAGAGAGUGGAGGUACAGCAUUGGCUGGAACAGCCUUAAACGAGUCUUCCUCUCAGUUUUUUCUUGCUCCAUACUCACAACAGAUGGUGGCUGAGUCAGCAGCCACUUCCUCCCCAAGCUUAAAUCGGCAGAGGACCACAAAACAGUCUAGGCUGUGGAUGUCUGGAGACAAAUCAACAAUGAACCAAGAGCAUGAGAACAGAAAUGAAGUUUUCAAUGAAUCAAAUCUGAAAUCCAUACUGCCGGACCAUCAAGAUAAGAAACAAAAUUAUGCAGACACAGCUGCUGGAAUUGGAUCUUCUGCCCACCAUCUUCAAAUUCAAAGGCAGGCAAAAGAUUCAGGUAUUCCUCGAAAUGAGAGUGACUUGAGUUCACAUACCAACUAUGAUAUGUUUACUCCAAUGGAGAGGCCCUUUUAUUCUGAAAAGGUGCCCAUGCAUCUAGAGAGUGCUAGUUGGGUAUCUGGACUGCAUGAAUACUCUGGUCAAAUUCAUGGCAUGCCUCAUGCCUUUUCUGAUCCUUUGCUGAACGAUCGCACUGAAGUACCUGCAUCCAAUUUGUCAUUAACCUUUGAUUCAUACAUACCACCAUCAUUUUCCCAGAAAGUAUGUCAAGCUAAUGAGCUGCAGAGAACAAUAAGCGGGACUAGGCCAGAUCUUGUAUGUGUUAAUCCACCUGAGACUGCUCAAACUGACGAACCAAAGUACAUUGUUUCUAAUCAUAUCGAUCAGUGGUACAAUCAAGGAGUUACUGGUUCAGCCACUUCAGCGGCAGCAGUAUAUUACCAACAAGAUAGUUUGUCUAGUAACAUGGUACAAACAGGCCACAAUGGUGGUCCUGUUGUUAAACAGCAGGAGAAGUUUUAUCAUCAGGAGAACAGCGCAGGUCCCAGUGUGGCUCCCCAGUGUGUUGAUAUAGGGUUCAAUCUGAACCACGCACGGGAUGCAAGGCUGUCCUCAAAUGAGUUGGAUGCUCUAGAAAGCUCAGGUCUGCCGUCGAUGCUUGCUACUGAUAAUUGCCACUCGCAUCUUCUUGAUGGAUGCCCUAAUGGAUCUCUAACAGAGAAUGCAGAUCGUGGAUCUUACAUGGAGAAACUGAAUUCAGGGCGUGUUGCUACAAGUUAUGGAACUGCUGGUUGUGUGCAUGCCAAUGGUAAAGUUACUCCUGGACCACACAUUCUGCUUCCUAUAGACCCUUUUGAAGCAUUUGCACCACAGAGAUCAGUGGAAAAUGGGCCAUCCGGUGUAUACGGGAACGGAAUUUUUGACCAGUCAUUGGUGCAUAGCUCUGGUUUGGCCACCUCUCCACCUAUUGGGCUAAGUAAUGCUAAUCUUAAUGUAAACAUGCAUGGCAAUGACACUUUCAAGGAUGGGGACUCAAGGAGAGAGGUUCCUCUUCUUGAUCAGCGCAAUAUCACCUUUGGUGAUGUAGGAUUAACUGGAUUUAAUCAUGCCAUCAAUAGUGAGAACAUGAAUCUGAAGGACAGAAUGCAAAAUAACGUUCAAACGGAUGCACUUGUUAUUGUUGAGAACGUGAUGGACAAUAUGCAUUCAGGCAUUCCAUCAUCCAGACCAAUUCCUCAGGCCGAAGUGACAGCUGAAGAAUGGCAGGAAGUGAUUAUUUCAUCAAACAAGGAUGAUGAUGCUAGGAGCAAUGGGCCAGAGUUAGCUAAUGAGGAUUAUGAUGAUAAAGGUGCUGUAGAUGGGUCCAUGAGUGAUGCUCAGAUAGCUGAACUUGAAGCCAGCGUGUAUGGCUUACAGAUCAUAAGAAAUGCUGACCUUGAGGAGUUACGCGAAUUGGGAUCUGGCACGUUUGGAACAGUGUACCAUGGAAAGUGGCGAGGGACGGAUGUUGCUAUCAAACGUAUCAAAAAAAGCUGUUUCGCUGGGAGAUCAUCUGAGCAAGAGAAACUUACCAAAGACUUUUGGAGGGAGGCGCAAAUUCUUUCAAAGCUACAUCAUCCAAAUGUUGUUGCUUUCUAUGGUGUGGUUCCUGAUGGAACAGGGGGAACAUUAGCAACCGUGGCAGAAUUCAUGGUGAAUGGAUCACUAAGGAAUGUUCUUGUAAGGAAGGACAGAAUGUUUGAUCGUCGGAAAAAGCUCAUCAUUGCUAUGGAUGCGGCAUUCGGGAUGGAAUAUUUGCACUCGAAAAGCAUAGUCCAUUUUGAUUUGAAAUGCGACAACUUGCUCGUUAACAUGAGAGAUCCUCAGAGGCCAAUCUGCAAGGUUGGAGACUUUGGAUUAUCUAGAAUUAAGCGCAACACUUUGGUUUCUGGUGGUGUACGGGGCACCCUACCAUGGAUGGCACCAGAGCUGUUGAAUGGCAGCAGCAGCCGAGUGUCUGAGAAGGUGGACGUGUUCUCUUUCGGGAUAGUCUUAUGGGAGAUCUUGACUGGUGAGGAACCAUAUGCGAACAUGCAUUGUGGUGCUAUCAUAGGCGGUAUCGUCAAUAACUCUCUCCGGCCUCAAAUACCUGAAGCCUGCGACCCUGAAUGGCGAAAACUAAUGGAGCAAUGUUGGUCAGCCAAUCCUGAUGUCCGCCCAUCCUUCACCGAGGUCACAGACAGAUUGCGAGCCAUGUCAGCGAUGCUUCAGUCAAAGGGACAGGCUCCAGAAAACAGAUGAAGCUACACACAAUCAACUAUCAACAUAUUUGUCAGCAAGGAGAUGGAUCAGAUCACUCCCCACUGGCGCCUUUAUGUGCAUAGAUAGAGUAUAUACUAUACAUACAUGUAUUUACGGUCACGGUGUGUAUUCUAUUCCGAUGUAUCUAUGCUUCCUUUUUUUUCUUACCAAUUUUGUAGGGUUUCUGAAGUAAUGACGUGUAUCUAUCCGAGUUAACUUGUACUGAAGGCAUCUUCUGGCCUUGGUCAAGCUUUUUUGGCAUCUUCUUUUGUAGAUUGUGAACUUGUGAUGGUCUACCAAACCACUCAAGCUCUUCUCUUUAGGGCAUUCGCUUGUAAAAAUAUACGACACUGUAAGUAUAUAGAAGAUGAACCGGCAAAAAUAUGUUGGCUUGCCAUUUUUUGAAAGUGAAAUUGAGAAAUAAGUGAUUUUGCUGCC